CGAGCGGGACCCUUCCUUUGCCCGCUAUAGCGAAGCGGGACGCCUCCUCCCUCUCCAAACUCCCGCCUCCAUGCGCUCUAGUCGCCGCCGCGGGUGAGGAGGAAAGCCGAGGGGCGCCGCCUUCUCCCCUUCCCCGCCCCUCGUAGGGGUGGGGUGGGGGAAAGAAGAAAAGGGCCAUGGUUGUGGGGCUGGCCCUAGCGGUCCCCGCCUGAAGGGAGGGUCGCCGAGGCUCCUCCCGCGCGGCUAGAAGUGCCUCCCCGGCGCACACGCCGCGCCAGCAGGAGAUGGAUGGGGCUGAGCUGGAUGGCGGCAGCGCAGAAGUGCCUCCUCCUCCUCCGCAAGGCUGCUGCCAGGCGGAUGCUGGGGCUCCCGGGGAGCCGGCCGGCGACCAAGCAACCGCAGCAGCCAGUGCAAAGCCGCCGCCGCCGCCACCAGCAGCAGCAGCCAUGGUGGAAGAGCCCGCCGGGGAGGCUCCCGCCUCGGAGGGCUCAGCCGCUGCCCCCGCUGCCUCGGCCGGCAGCGCCCUCGCCCCCUGCGUAGCAGCAGCAGCCCCUCCGGAGCUGAAGAAGCAGCAGCAGCAAGGGGUGAAGCGGCACCACCACAAGCACAACCUGAAGCAUCGCUACGAGCUGCAGGAGACGCUGGGCAAAGGCACCUACGGCAAAGUCAAGAGGGCCAUCGAGAGGUUUUCCGGCAGAGUGGUUGCAAUAAAAUCCAUCCGUAAGGACAAAAUUAAGGAUGAACAAGAUAUGGUUCACAUCAGACGGGAGAUUGAGAUCAUGUCAUCUCUCAGCCAUCCUCAUAUCAUCACUAUAUAUGAAGUGUUUGAGAACAAAGAUAAAAUUGUGAUCAUCAUGGAGUAUGCAAGCAAAGGGGAAUUGUAUGAUUAUAUCAGUGAGAGACGAAGGCUGAAUGAGCGGGAGACAAGACACUUCUUCCGGCAAAUUGUUUCUGCUGUGCAUUACUGCCACAAGAAUGGUGUUGUCCAUAGGGAUCUAAAACUGGAAAAUAUUCUUCUUGAUGACAACUGUAAUAUUAAGAUUGCAGACUUUGGACUUUCAAAUCUUUAUCAGAAAGACAAAUUUCUUCAGACUUUCUGUGGAAGCCCACUGUACGCAUCUCCAGAAAUUGUCAAUGGAAGACCCUACCGAGGCCCAGAGGUCGACAGCUGGGCUCUCGGUGUACUGCUUUACACCCUGGUUUAUGGAACCAUGCCCUUUGAUGGCUUUGAUCACAAAAAUCUAAUCAGGCAGAUCAGCAGCGGAGAAUACCGUGAGCCAACACAGCCCUCAGAUGCUCGAGGCCUGAUCAGGUGGAUGCUGAUGGUGAAUCCUGAGCGCAGAGCAACUAUUGAAGACAUAGCCAACCACUGGUGGGUUAACUGGGGCUACAAGAGCAGCGUUUGUGACUGUGAUGCCCUGCAAGACUCUGAGUCCCCCUUGCUGUCUCGGUUCAUAGAUUGGCAUCAUCGUUCUAGCGGCUUGCAGCCAGAGACUGACACCAAAAUGAAGUGCCUUUCCAAACCAAAAGGAUCUGAAGUCACACUAGAGAGACAGAGAUCCCUCAAAAAAUCAAAGAAGGAAAAUGACAUUGCACAGUCUAUCCAGGAAGGAGGAGUUGAAAAUGCAUGCAAGCCAAACUCCAAGAGGCCAAAAGGCAUCUUAAAGAAAAGGAGCAACAGUGAACAUCGCUCUCAUAGUGCAGGAUAUAUAGAAGGAGUAGUCAAUCCAGUAUUACCCUCCACUUUUAAAAUGGAGCAGGAGUUAUGCAGGACAGGGAUGUCCAGUAAGAACGUUGUGGAGGGGGAGGUAACGGGUAAAUACAGCACUAAGCAGUCUUCCUUAAUGCCAAAAAAGGGAAUCCUUAAGAAGACUCAGCAAAGAGAAUCUGGCUACUACUCAUCUCCAGAACGGAGCGAAUCUUCAGAACUCUUGGACCGUAAUGAGGAGGCAGGAAAUAGCGAUACGUCCCCAGGCAUUAUUGAAACAUUAAGGAUAGAGUCUCACAGUCAUUCCUACAGGCGCAAAGGUAUUUUAAAACAUAGUAGCAAGUAUUCCACCAGUAGCACGGAUUCUGCUUUGAUCAGCCCCGACACACCGAUGCUGGAAGCCAUGGAGGAAGCAAUCCUGCCUGGAGAUGGAUUAUCUCGAAGUUAUAGCCGCCCUUCCAGCGUGAUUAGUGAUGACAGCAUCCUGUCCAGUGACUCUUUUGACUUGGUGGAUUUGCAAGAGAACAGGCUUAGGAUAAGGAGCUGUGUGUCUGCUGAAAACUUCCUCCAGAUCCAAGAUUUCCAAGGACUUCAAAAUCGCUCACGGCCACAGUAUCUGAAGCGCUAUCGGAAUCGGACAGGCGAUAGCAGUUUUUCUCUGCUUACAGACAUGGAUGAUGUCACUCAGGUCUACAAGAAAGCUCUGGAGAUCUGUAACAAACUUAACUAGCAGAGGGAAGAUAGCAGGGCUGGAAGGAAAGGGUUUUGGGUACCUUUAUGAUGGAGUUGGCCCAGUAUCAAUUUGCUGACAGUGGUAGCGUUAUUGAAGUGAUGUUGAGCAGACAGACUGAGCAGAAAUACUUAAGUUAUGUUGAGGAAAAAUUCAUCUCAUGCUCAUUAUGCAACCUUAUAGCUCAUUCAGUCAAAAUACUACCUAGAAUCCAAAGAAGUUACAAUAAAGUAUGAAGCAGAGACUCUGGAAUCUGGCAGACAGAAAAGGAUCAUAUUGCAGUGGCUGUAAGUUGAAGCUAGACAAAAUGUAAACUGGAAAAAGGGUACAUAUAUUUAUAUUAGAGAAGGUAACUAACCACUGGAAAAGCUAUAAUGCUAAAAGUAAAACAAAACAUUUUUUUAAAAAAGAAAGUCAACUGUUAAGUAUAAGAAAUCAUUUGCUGGUAGAUUUGUCAAUAUCUAUAUGCCCUAAGGAAUAUGCACAUGCAGAAGAGGGCUGCCAGCUGCACGCAUAGUUGCCCAGCCUAUGAUUGACACUGCCAGUUAUCAUUUGAUAGUGUCGCCUGCUGAAAUGUGAUUAGUAAUUUGAGUGGAAGUUAUUUGAAUUUAUAGAAAAGUUAGUCUAGGAAGAGAUAGCAAUGUAGUAAAAGGAUGGAGUGUUGGGAGUGAGGAAGAUUUCUUCUUCCAAGCAAAAGAAUAAUAUGAAAUAAAUUCCAUCAGGGGCUCUGGAAAUCUGCAUAAUCACUGUAAGGCUACAUAAAAUGCCAAGGAAAGACCAGACAAGCACACUGAGAAGUAGCUACUUGCCAGUAGUCUCUCUACAUACCUGUGUGUAUGUAAUGUAUGGCUACUGAGAAACUAGAAUGAAUCAAACAGUAUGCAGGCAAGCUUUAAUUCAUUGAAGAUUUUUCAGCAGCAGUCUGGAAAUGAGACAAUACAGUCUCCCCUCACUAAAGGAAUAAGGAAUUGUGCAUCUAUGCACACUUAGGUGAACUAUAAAGUUCAACAAAAUCAUGAUACCAUAAACUGGUAGAAUUUUAGUUGGAUGAAUUGAGUUUUGUAGUUAUAAACUUCAAAGUGUUUCACAGAAUUCCAGAGCCCUUGUCAGUAUGUAAUGCAAUGGGGGAAUGGUUUAUGAGUAGGAAGAAGGUAAUAGGAAAGUAGACUUGAGGGAUUCAGUUUAAGAAUGUGUAUGUAUUUGGGUUGAUGUUUCAUAGACAGGGGGGUCAAAUCAGAGAAGACAAAAGAUUUAUUUCCGAUGGGUUUAAUUUAAAUAUUGCAGCUAAAGCAGGGGUAGCUAACAUGUGGCUCUCCAGGUUUUGUUGGACUCUAGUUCCCCUCCGCCCCAGCCAGCAUGGUCAGUAAUCAAGGGUGAUGUGGGUUAUCAUGGAGGGACACAGACUAGCCACCCCUGAGUUAAAGGCUUCAACUCCCAUAAAGGUACCACUUGGGUCUACUGGAUUACGUGAAUGUAAGCCUCUUUUUAAAUAGGCACUAUGUGUUUGACAGGCCUGGGCAAUUCAGAAAAGCUUCUGGUCACGGUUAUUCCAGUAAGCAGCUCUUAGUUCAAAUAGAGUUGCAUUACUGUAUUAGCUUACAACACCAAAUUGUUUGCAGCUUUAAAACAAAGUCAACAUGUACACAUAACUACAGGAAAUAGUCCAAGAUUCUUUUCCUGUGUUUAACCAGUGCCAACUUCAUGACUUUAGCUGAAAGCAGAAACUAUCGUACUCUAACUUGGGGCUCCAAAUGUUUCAGGGAACUAGUGCCAAACUGAAGAGAUUCCAGAGUAAAAGACAAGAAAAUACCUGAGCUGGUGGGAAAUGUUUUAUAUUUCUCAUAAGUAUGCCUGAACUGCCUAUACGUUGUGUAAGAACACUUUCACUUCACAUUCAGAUGGGUGAAUUAUUUAGUUCCAGUUUCCUGAAAAGGUUUCCUAAUUCUUCAGAACAGCUGUAUCUCUCUACAAGCCAAUGAACCAAAUUAAUUAACCGGUCUUGGUCAAAAUGUCAUUGAUUCCUUAUAAAAUCCAUAUACCCAGACUUCUACACAUGAGAAUGGAAUCGCUCCCCUUCACCCACCCAUCCCUGUGGUUGAGUUAGGAUUCUCUGUUUACUAUUUGAUAUAUGUCACAGUAUGAAGCAAAGGAAUAUACCUUCUUUGGAAUUGCAACUCUAAUAUUCAUGCCAUGUGCGAUGUACAGCCCACUCCUAAAUCAUGUUUACUAAGAAGUAAACAAGUCAAGUAAUUAAGCAUAGAAUUACAGCCUUGGAAGGAUGCAGAAGUCUAAAAGAUUUGCUGUGCCUUCUUUUGAAACAGAGUACUGCAGUAAUUUGGAUAAAACUUUGUGUUAGCAUCAAGAUCAUGUUUUAAUCCAGGGCGUAAGCCUUGCUCCCUUGGCAGCUGUGACUGUUCUCAGUUGACCUAAUGGAGUUUUAUUUCAGUGGAACAAUACUGACUUACAAUGCCUGCCCAUCUGGCUGAAUUAAAUGUUUAAUUGAUGUAUGUAGUGAAGAAAAGGGAACUCAGCUGCCCUGGAGAGGAACUAAGAAUCACCCGUACAUCUGAGCUCUACUUAGCCCACAGGGAGAACUGCGGCCCUCCAUAUGUUGCUGGAUUACAACUCACAUCAUCCCUUUCCAUUGGCCAUGCUGUCUGGGGCUGAUGGGAGUUGGAGUCCUCCAACAUUCAGAGGGCCACUGCCCGAGGCUGUUGCCCAGGCCUGCCGUCUUGUGUACAAAUGUGAAUGAUUGACUGAUUGCUGCCAAACUGGAAAAUGUUCUGUAGGGACUUACUGGCAUGUUACCAUUCCUAGAAGAAGCAGAACACUUGACUGCACAUUGUUGUUAUUAUUAUUAUUAUUAGCGUUGUGUAUUUUUUCCUUCUUAUUUAAUUUGGGACUUUUUUGUAUUUCAAAGUUGACUUUUUAUUUGAAUUUGUCUCUUUUAAUUUAUUGGUCUGAAAGCCAUUUCAAGGGUAUAAUAAUAUAUUUUGGUGUAAUUUAAUUGGUGCAGCAUUAUUCUACAGCUCUGGCCAAAAUGUUACCUUUAAAAAUAAUAAUUUGUUGUUUUUCUUUUGCUCAUUGUUUGGUUUUAUCUCUACGAGGCAGGGGAAAAAGCUGGAUAAUCACCCAAAGUGUUUGUAUUUUUAAUCUGAUACUGUCUUUUUUAUUAAAUAAAAAGUCAAUAAAAUGUGAAUGGUGUUGAUUUCCCCGUCCUUUUAAAGAAUCGGCUUUGGGGCAUCUAUUUAAUGACUAUUUUACACAGGAUUGCAACACUUCCUUACAAAAGGUUCAAUGGCGUUGAGUCAGAGCUUUUGUCUUCUAGCUAUACUGGGAGAUGGUGUGGGUAAUUGUUGGAACUUGAAUGCUAUGAGCAAUUUGGCAUACUAAAAGAUCCAAUAUUUUCAUCUUUAUUUAAGGGAUAUAUAUCCCAUCUUUUGUAGUGAACAGUUCAAAGCAGCUUAGCAAAAUAAAAUUCUAAACCACCACCAGCAGAGUAAAAUAAGAAUUAGAAUACCAAAAAAAUAAUAAUUUAAUAGACUUUCAGUUCCUCAUUUGGAGGCAAGCAGUGCUACCGUACUAACAAGAGCCAAUCUCAUUAUCCCAUUUGUAGUCAAGGAACAUCCUAAUAUCCUCUGAACGGGCAAAGAAGGAAAGAUAGUUUGUAUUUUCCUUUUUUAAAAGCUGGAUGUGAAUGCUUAUGUAAUCCAAAUGCUAAUUAGGCAAAAGACUGUUCACCAUCUGCUGUGAUAAGAUGUGUCGUGAUUCAAGGAAUAUUGCUUUUAGCUUGCAGAUAGGUUGCCUGGGAGAAGACAAAAAUAUACAUGGACCUCCAAUUUAUUAAAUUCAUCACAGUCUACUUUGAUAGGCCAAGCAUUAUCAAGUCUUUGAUUCCCAGAAGCCAUUUUUUGUGCUUGUUCAUAUACAAUCCAAACAGAAGAAUUUCAUCAAAAAUGUACUUUGUUUAGGUUCUUCCCUACAUUAUGAACAAUGAUUUGACAGUAACAUUUUUUUAAAGGACUGGAACUACAGAAGUAAAAUGCAGUAAUUUAAAAUAAACCCCCACUUGCCCUACCAUUUCAGUUCAAACAGAAUGGGCUGAGCUUCUGGACAAGCUUCUAGCUUGGGCUUCAGGUAAGAUGGACCACACAUUUUUAAUACCAUGCUCUGGGUUUGCACAAAAGUAUUUCCAGAGAGUUUACAGUCCAACCCUAUGGAUGUUUACUCAGAAAUAAAUCACACAUAAUUCAACAGAAGUUCCAUAAGCGAUUAUAAAAUGGCUUUAAAUGACUCAUUCCCAUAUCUGCUUGUCCCUUGCCUAGAAAGCAUGGGUCCCAGUGGUCUUCUGUUUGCUCUACUGCUUCCCCUGUGGAAACCCACUCUUUAGUGCUGAAUUGGAGCAAAUGACAAGCCGCGCAAAACCUGAUUGCCAUUUGUUCCGAUUCAACAGUAAAGAACGGGUUUCCCAGGGGAAAGCAGUGGGAGAAGCAGAAGUCUGGAUGAGCCCUUAGUUUUGAAGUUUGUGGCAGGGCAUAAUGAAGGAGGCAGUUCCACAGCUAUGACUGCAUAAAGUGACAGCUUAAACUGAUAAGGGUGAAUGAGCAAUCUAGAGCCAAUAACUCAGGCAUAGGUUAACUCGGCACUCCAGAUGUUUUGGGACUACAACUCCUAUCCUCCCUAGUUAACAAGACCAGUGGUCAGGGAUGAUGGGAGUUGUAGUCCCAAAACAUCUGGAGGGCCGAGUUUGCCUAUGCCUGCAAAAACUCUUUUCGGUUGCGUCCCAUAACUUCCUCCACUGAACUCAAAGCUUAUCUUACUUGCUCCUUGGAACAACCAGGUCAUGUAAGUUGGACAGAGCCAUAGCAACUAUAAUGUAGCCGAGGACUAUAAUUUAUGCUUCGUGGCCCCCUCAACACCCAGGCUGCUGUGCUACACUGACUCUCAUUUGCACCCCGGUCUUAAAUAUGUUCUCUUAAUUUUGGUGAAAUUACUUGCCACUGAUUAAUGCUUAGGAUUGCAGAUUUCAUGGCAAAAAGUAUCAAAAAUGAGCGCCUCUUCACUUAAGGUGGGUUUCACUGCCUUCAGACAGCUCUGGCAUCUGAAAGCUGCACCUGACGUCUAUUACAUUCAUUUUAAGUUGCAUGGGGCCUUGUAAAACAAACGAGCCUUUCCCUUACAGCCCCUGUGUCUCUUUUUGGCCACAUUCCUCAUUUUUAAUUUGGGCUUAGCAACCUUUAAUCACAUUUGGCCUGACACACUUCAUUAUAAUUUUUUUUUGAAAGGCAGCCCAUUGUGUGUUCUAGCAGCACGCACCACUCUCGUCUCCGUGUGAGUCUCUGGCUGUGGUGACGACAGAAAAUUACAGAAUGUAAAUUCAAAAAUGCACUCAGUGUAUUUCGUGCAGAGUGGGAUACUGCUUAUUAACGCAGCAGGGACUCUGGGCCUCUACAAACCAAUAGCUAUGUCUGGGAGGGGACAGUGCUUAUUAACACAGCAGGAAGACAAGACUUCGCUCUGCUGCCUGCCUAAAUGCUGACAAGAGAGGCGGACGAGCAUCCGGAAACCUCGUUCUCCUGCAUGUAAAAAUAGAAUCUCCUUGCCACACACAUACAUUCUUUUUGCAAAUGGCAGGAGACAAAAAGUAAUGAAACUCUCUGCACAUAGCAAUUGCAGAAAACUCAGUACAAAGAAAGAGUGAGCUAAUGUCAAAUUAUUGAAAAUACCUUGAACUCAGGCUCGGGGGGGAUCCACCCUUGGGACAAAAUGGAGGAAGGGAGCUACUGUGACGCCGCCUGCUAAACUGGGGAAAGACUUAGGGCGAUUUAGAAUGUCCCUUUGUUUGGCAUGCAUUAUUUGUUAAUGCUGUAUAGACAUGAGAAGUGAGCCAUUUUAAAAUUGAAUUGACAUUCAAUCCAGUCUAGCUUUUACAUAUUUAUUGUCCUGAGAAACUGGAGAAAACAGCUACAAAUCGAAGAGUUAUGUGUCAACACAGGAAACUGUAUUGGCUACACUGACUUAGCAAUGGCUGUCCAUAGUUUCCGAAACAAUUCUUUCCCAGUCCUACCAAGAGUUGUGAAGAUCAGGGGAAAAUGGGGGAAAACCCUCCUGUUCCCAUCAAUUUUUCCAAUCUUUCCUCCCCCACCAGGUCUUGGCAUCUCUAGUCCUAUCUAGAGAUACCACCAGGGAUAACUUUUGCCUGGAAAGCAGUUCAUAGCUGUCAAUUUUAAGGGAAAAUUCCCUUAUGCUGAAUAGGCUUCCUCGGGAGAAAAGGGAAAACUUGACAGCUAUGAAGCAGUUGCUCUACCACUGAACUACUGUCCUUCCCCAUGCAAUACAGUCAUACCUUGGUUUAAGUACGCCUCGGUUUCAGUAUGGAAAGUUCACUUCAUAUGCUUCAGGUUAAGUACGGACCAAUUACACUCAUACCUCGGGUUAAGUACGCUUCAGGUUGAGUACUCCACAGACCGUCUGGAAUGGAUUAAUCCACUUUCCAUUACUUUCAAUGGGAAAGUUCGCUUCAGGUUAAGUACGCUUCAGGUUAAGUACAGACUUCCGGAACCAAUUGUGUUUGUAAACCGAGGUACCACUGUAGUUUUUACUUAUAACUACACUACUCCUGUCCUUUCUGCCAACAAAUACUGGCUAUAUGGAAGACUUCACUCUUCACAAGUCACAUUUUAUACAGUAAAAGAGCAGAACUUUGUUCCAAAAUGGGGACCACAGUUGGUUGAUUUAACUUUGGAAUGGUUUUCUAUAAUGCAAUAAAUAUACCCAAGAUAGGAUAGCUGUGUGAUGGGAGGACCUUAGGGAGCUGCUGUAUCGGGCAGACUAUGGGUCCAUCUCACCUGAUAUUGUCCAUUCUGACUAGCAUUGGCUUUCAUGGUUUCAGGUAGAGGUACCCAUCAGCUAAUCUUCCCACAAUGCCUCAGAGUUUCAAUGUAGCAUUGCUCCAAUAUGAUGCUCCGCCGGGGCUUAAAUUGCAUUGUGGGGAAAUUAAAAUGGCAGCUGCCAUUGCCUGGAGAAGACAAACAGUGACACUGAGAGCAGCUCCAGGUCUAAACAGAUGUGACCUGGGGUCAGCUGGGGUCCUGG